AUGCCUUUGUUUGGGAAGAUAAGUGAAUUCCAGGAUGGCCAAGAAAGCUUUCUAAACUAUGAGGAACGGUUGGUACAGUUCUUCGAAGCCAACGAAGUGCCCGAUGAGAAACUGGUCCCUGUUUUUCUGUCCGUGAUAGGAUCGACAGCGUAUGGGGUCCUCAAGAACUUGGUUGCUCCUGCACUCCCCAAGGAUAAAUCUUAUGCAGACUUGGUCAAACUGUUGAAAAAUCAUUAUAACCCCAAGCCGCUCACAAUUUCAGAAAGGUUCAAGUUUAAUAAACGCAAUCAAAAAGAGGGGGAAACAGUAUCUGAAUAUGUAGUCGAGUUGAAACGAUUAUCUACACAUUGUGAUUUUGGAACAUUUUUAAAUGACGCAUUGAGAGAUAGGUUUGUCUGCGGUCCACGGUCAGAAACAAUUCAAAAGAAACUGUUAGCCGAGGAGGAGUUAUCAUUUGAUCAGGCCAUUAAGAUAAGUACCGCUAUGGAAAUGGCUGAGAAAGACACUGUGUCCUUUGGUGGUAUGGCAGCGGCAGCUGUUAAUAAAGUGAAAAUUAAGUCGCGUCCUGUUUCAACACCGUCUGAGCCUAAACCUGUAAAAACUCCGAUGAAGAAAAAUGGGUGUUAUCGUUGUGGUGGGAAUCACCGUUCAGAUUCUUGCAUGCACAAGAAAAGUAAAUGCUAUAAUUGUGGUAAAAUUGGUCACUUAGCAAACAAUUGUAGGAACCGGCAGUUUGCGAAGAACACUAACUUUGUCGAAGAAUCAAGUGAUGAAGAGCUUACUUUGUUUGUUUAUUCUAAUUCAGAAAGCAAAUCAAAUCAUCCGUUUAAGGUGAAUUUUAUGCUUGAUAAUGAAGAUGUGUUAUUCGAACUAGACACGGGUAGUUCAAGAACUCUAAUCAAUGAACAUACUUACCGCGCACAACUAGGUGGUAAUAAACUUCGUCCAACUAACAUUAAGCUGAAAAGUUAUUCAGGUCAGAGCAUAGACACUUUAGGUGAAAUUACUGUAUCAAGUGAAGGGAAAUUACUGACCGCUGUUGUUGUCAAAGGAAAUAGGCCAAAUUUGCUAGGUCGUGAUUGGCUGAAACAAAUAAAACUUGACUGGAAAACAAUCUUUGCUAGUGUUAACAAAGUAGAUAGCUCUGAUCCGGUAGAAACUAUGAAACAAAAAUUCUCAGAAGUAUUUGUGAAAAAUGACAAACCGAUUUUAGGUUUCAAAGCAACUAUUCAUUUGAAAGAAAAUAGCAAACCAUGGUUUCAUAAAGCCAGACCGGUACCCUAUGCAUUAAAAGACAAGGUGACUGAGGAAUUGAAAAUUCUUGAAAAAGAUGGUGUAAUUGAACGUGUCGAUAAUAGUUCUUGGGCAAGUCCGCUGGUUGUCGUGCCAAAGGCGGACAAGAAAAGUUUACGACUAUGUGGGGACUAUAAAGUGUCGGUAAAUCGUGAAAUUAGCGAAGAUCAGUAUCCGCUACCGAACGUUGACGAUAUGUUCGCGACCCUUGCUGGGGGUAAAAAGUUUACUAAGCUGGAUCUUACGCAGGCCUAUGCACAGCUAGAACUUGAUGAGAACUCCAAGGAUCUACUUACAAUCAAUACACACUUGGGAUUGUAUAAGUAUAAUCGGUUAGCCUAUGGAGUGAGUUCAGCACCUGCGAUAUUUCAGUCAGUGAUGGACACUGUACUGGCGGGUCUUUCUGGAGUGGUGUGCCGUAUAGACGAUAUACUUAUUACAGCUCCAUCCGAUGACGUGCAUCUACAGCGACUCGAGGAGGUGUUGCGACGCCUUCCUACACACAACAUCAAGUUGAAUGCCAACAAAUGCGUGUUUAUGGCAAAGAAUGUAGUGUUCAUGGGACAUCUUGUAGAUGAAGAAGGUAUUCAUCCUACUGACGACAAGGUAGAGGCUGUCAUGAAAGCGCCAGUGCCUACCGAUGUUGGAACCCUGAAAUCUUACCUGGGACUCCUGAAUUACUACGGUUCAUUUAUUCCGAAUUUGUCAACAAUGCUUCAUCCGUUACAUCAACUGUUACGUAAAGGAGCAAAGUGGGAGUGGUCGGCUGAGUGCCAAGAAGCUUUUGACCGCUCUAAGGACGAACUCUCAGGUCGGGGGUACUCAUUCACUAUGAUGAACAGAAACCUGUGA